AUGUCCGCACCGGAGCUAGGAUGGCAAGUGGUGCGAGAUAUCGGCGCACACCGGUUCCGGAUGGGCAACGUUGGCGGUGCCAUCGAUAACUUCCUCGAAGCCGCCCCGAAAGUCAGCGAAGAUGGUGACGAGUCGCUGGCAGUUUCGAAAGCGAAAGCUGAGCUGGAAUUUUGUGAACCACAGAAUGCGCUAGAAACGGUUCGAAAAGCGACCAACUACCCGGCGAAUCUACUCCAGAGCCGCGCUCUGUACGGCACCGGUGAACUCGAGCAGCAUCUGCUCGCGUCCUCCAAUGGGCAGCGUCGACAACGUCCUGUGGCUGGCCAUCGACAGCAGGACUUCACCGCCGAAGUGGAUCUCGCCUUGUCCACGUUCGACUGCACGCUCGGUACACGAGCCGGUGCAUCGUUGCUCGAAUACCGGCACCGGUUUCGGGAAAUUGCAGCCGAACAGCGGGAACUCCGUGAGCGUGCCGGUGAUAGACCUCGCUGGAAGGUCCUAGCGGAAGCCGGCGAGUGUGACGUCAUCAGCUUGCUCGAAACAGUCCGCAAGGAGCCACCGUUGCGCGAACGAGAGCGACGCAAACGCAACCGGCAAAUACUUGGUCAGCUCCACCUGGGCCGUGGUUGGGAAGAUUGGAUGUUCAUUGAGCAGUUGUUACCCUCGGGACGGCAUGGUUCGACCGUACGGUUACCACAAACGAGACAGAGCUCUCGAGCGAUGGACGAACUGAUCGAUGAGUGCUUUUCGAAGGUAUCGGCACGGGUUCAGAACGCCCAGGCUUGUCUGCCCAUGUACAGCCAUCGUCAUGGACGCUUUGGUCCUCAAUCGAACCACCGUCGAGAGCUGUUCGACCUCGAUGAACUGCUCAAGUGGCGCUACCAGGCAUACCGAGCCGUAUACAGUCAGUUCGAUCGUCUGUACGAGCUACGCGAACGAGGUCGAACCGUUGAGCUGGUACGUUUCGUCGGAGAAGCGCUAGACGGUUUUUACAAAACCACCACGGUGCGGGUUUUCCCCGAGAAAAGCCGCGUAAUUCGGGAGCUGUGUAAUCUCGCUGGUUUGACCAUUCUGGAUGAGCUGCGGAUUCCACCGAGCCUAAUGGAUGCUGCCCCAGAAGACCGACUGUUGCUUCUAUUUGCCGUGCCACCGGCCAAAGAGUCACAGCUUGUGGUGCCCGUGUUCGGUGACAUCGCCACCUAUCGAGAUCCCACCGAGCCAGACCAUGGUUAUUUGCGCUACAAAGCCAAAAUAGCGGAACUAGAGCGACGUUACCAUCGCGUGCAGUACCCAAUCGAACGGUGUCUCAUCGACUACCAGAUGGCCCGGCAGCAUCUGCUGAACGGGUGGCUUGACGACGUGAAGGUGAUGGGCAAUCGGAUGAUCGACGAAGCGAUCGGUUGUGGUAGCAAUUUGUGGCAGCUCAUCGGGUUGCUGACACUGGCGCGAGCUUGCUGUGCCCAGAACAACCUUGAGCAGCUUACCGUGCAGUUGCGGUUGGCGACCGAACUCGUGGAGUCCCGUUUGCCAGACGAACGGGUGGACUUUUUCAUCGAAGUCUCGCAGAAGCUGUGCCGGGAAAUGCUAAUGAAAAAGCUGGGCACUGACCGGAGCCAAUCGCUCGUGCUGGACCGUACGGUGUUGGCUUAG